GUGCCUCCCCGCGCUGCUCUCCCGCUGCCAGCAUGAAGGUCGAGUUUGCCCCCAUCAACAUCCCCCUAAAGAGGAGGAUCCAGACAGUCGCCGUGCUGCAGUGGAUCUUCUCCUUCCUCCUGCUGGCAGAGUUUUGCUGUGGCUUCUUUGUGAUCCUGAUCCUGGGCAACUUCUGGUUCCUCGCUGUUCUGUACCUGCUGUGGCUCUACCUGGACUGGGAAACACCAUGCACGGGGGGCAGACGGUCCCAGUGGGUCAGAAGUUGGACUGUUUGGAAGUACUUUAGGGAGUACUUUCCUAUUCACCUUAUAAAAACUUCAGAUCUGAAUCCAAAUCACAACUACUUACUGGGCUUUCACCCUCAUGGGGUCCUGGUAGCUGGAGCCUUCGGAAACUUUUGCACCGGUCCAAGUUUCAAAAAUUUAUUUCCUGGGCUUACUCCGUAUCUUCAUAUCAUGCCCAUCUGGUUCGGCUGUCCCUUCUUCAGAGAAUACAUAAUGAGUGCUGGAAUGGUUUCCGCAUCCAAGGAGAGCGUCUCGUAUGUGCUGAAUAAGGAAGGCGGCGGCCACGCGUCUGUGAUCGUGAUCGGAGGAGCAGAGGAAUCUCUGAAUGCACAUCCUGGAAGUUUAACUUUGAACAUCCUCAAGAGGAAGGGCUUUAUUAAAAUGGCCUUGAAGCAUGGGGCUCAUCUGGUCCCGGUGUUUUCCUUUGGUGAAAAUGAGCUAUUCAAGCAAGUUGCAAACCCCAAAGGUUCAUGGCUCAGAAACGUACAGGAGAAGAUGCAAAAGAUAAUGGGCUUUGCUUUACCGCUAUUUCAUGCUAGAGGAGUAUUUCAAUAUAGUUUUGGCUUAAUACCUUACAGGCAGCCUAUUCAUACUGUUGUGGGAAGCCCCAUCCCUGUGAAAAAGAACUUGAACCCUACCACUGAAGAGAUUGAACAGCUACAUGCAUUGUAUCUACAGAAACUAAGAAAAUUAUUUGAAGAACACAAAAGAGAUUAUGGGAUCCCGGAGCAUAAAUCUCUCAUCUUUGAGUAGCAAAUUACAAUUUCUAAUUCCAAAUCUCAUGGAUAAAACAGUGUAUGCUGAAAGAUGUCUUUCUUGCAAUCUGUAUUUUGCAAUCUAUAAUUAUCCUUGUGUAAGGAAUAAUUUUAAGAAGGGAUUAUUAGAUGAUUUAUUGAUUUUUAUCUUACUCUUGGGGGAAAAAAAAAAUCCUUAGGGUGUGACCCUCAAAGCCAGUGCUGUUUUGGGUUGUCCUUUUAGGUUCAGCCAUACCAGAAAUGCUAGUGAGAGACUCCAUGCAGGUGUUCUUACCGCCAUGGUACCUAACCAUAGCUUGAGUGGAGGAAACUGCCCCGGCAUGAGAUCACGAGCAGGAAGAGUACAAACCUGAGAAGUCUUUGAUUAAAAGUUGAGAGACUUAGCAGCAUGCAUCAAAUGUGACAUCAGGUUGUUCUCUGAGUAUCAGAAAGGCCUGCUGCUCUUCCGUAGAAGUGAAGGUGUAUGUUUUCCACAGAUGGCUAUUAUAAGCCAUUUACUUCUGAAUUCAAGAAUAAAUAGGAGCUUUCUGCCUUGAUUAGGAUAUCGCAAAAGUGGUUUGUCCGAGUUGUGGAGCAGAGCAAACCCUCUGUUUGGAAGAGAGGAGUGUGUUGAGUUUCCUGUGUGCAGGUAUACACUGGGUGCUGGGAAGCACUGAAUGACUGUUUUGGACAAGCUGUGCUUUGGAUCAUCAGUUUGGAAGAUGAAGCAUCUUUGGUAGUUCCAGCUUCAGAGGAAGUGGCAGGCACGGGGCAGGAGAAUUGUACUGAGGAAGCUAGUGGGGGAAUCAUGUGAACUUUACUUCUUGCAUAAAUUAAAAAUGAUCAUAUGCUAAGCACUUCUGCAGGAAGAAGGGGAGCCCAGUUUGUUCAGUCUAGUUCUGAAAUUUCACCCUGGAAAGCAUACUUGAUAUAUGGCUUUUUCUUCCCCGCUGAUAGGCGUGGGGAAGUAUGUGGAAAGCCGUGCUGCAGUGUCACAUGGCUGUAAUUGCCAAGUCAGUGUGAGCACAGCUCUGGGGUGCAGCAGGUUUGGAGGAUGCUUUGUAUAUAAACCAGGUGCCUAAAUUUGAGAGAAGGUUUAUCCUAAAUGUGGAUAUCCAUUUAAGAAAAUAAAAGAAAAAAACCUCUUAGCCGAACUGUUUUUCAGUUAAAAUGCCUAGGUCUUGGAGAUGAUGGUGUGUGAAGAGAAUUACAGUAUAUUCCUGAAUUCAAUGAGAUAAAUCCUUGUAUUUGUAAAUGCUUUCUCUCUGCACGUGGACUUUGCAGAUCUGGUUUUACUGAAGUGUUUGGUUUGCUUUAAGCAGUUUUGGUGCCUGAAUAUUACAUCACUUAAGUGCUCUGACAGGACAGGCGCAGGCUUGUCAGGCAGCCCGGGGCAUCUGCAGCUGGGUCAGUGCAGCACCGGGGCAGCACUGGCUCCGCAAAGGCACUGGACAUGCUGUGUGCUUGCUGGGCUGGAGUUUCCUUAGGAGAAAUGCAGCUUGCACUUUGGGGAAAAAAUUAAAACUCUGGAAAGAAAAGAUCUUAGCAAGAUGAAGGUGUUUCAAGGAAGAGUAGAAAUAUCUUGACUCCUACGGCGUGGACUCCUAAUGAACCAAAGCCCCAGAGCCGAGUAAGUAUUUGCCAGACAGAGCGGCUAAUCUGAUGUGCUCCAAAAAAACCCUCCAGCAACAAGUUGGUUUCCUUAGGAGGGCCGUACCUUCUACUGCCUGUCUGUCAUUCAGAUGUGACCAGCACUGAGCCAGCAAACCCUGCUCUUGCUUUCUCUAGGAUGGCAGCCGUCUGGUGUUCUGGGAGCCGGGGCUGGAGGUUCCGAUGCCUGAAGAAGUAGCUUCCUCCUCCCUGACAGACUGCUGCCAGUGUGCCCGCAAUUCGCCUCCACUUGAGCUUUCCUGGCGCCACGUGUGCUUGCCCUCCCUUCCCAUGCUUUUGCUGCCUGAUGGUUGCUGUGCUGUAGGCAUCUUAACUUCCUCACUCUCUGUCUGUCUUUCUCUGGGUAAAGAUCUCUGAAGGACUCUGUAUGCAUACAAAAUACGGAGCUGUGGCUUAUCAUUCAGCAGAAGUGGGGUUUAGGAGCAGGGCUUGAGAAGAGGAAGUGUUGCGACUGCACGUUUAACACGAGACUAAGAUCAGGAUUGUUUCAGCUCUUGGAAGGGCCACAUGUCUAGGGGGGUCCAGCACUGCCUGGGAAGAGGGGUCUCAGGUCCUGAGGACUGUAGUAACUCAUGAGCCCUGAGUAGUCAUUUUUGCUCAGCCAGCUGUGUGAAAUUUCCUUCGGAUUUGGGUUUUUUUUUUUUUUUUUUUGCUGCCUGCCCUGGUGAAUACUGCUGAUUAUUCAUGAAAGAAGAAUUUGGAGUCCAUGUUGGACUGUUCUCUCCUAGAUCACCUGCUCUAAUGAGAUAUUUCCUCUCAUUCUCAGUCUGCUCUUUUCCCAUUUCCUUAAUGAUACAGAAGCUCAGGAUGUAAAUUUAAAAGCAUUAGCGCUGGCUUGAGGAUGGGAAGUAACAAGGGAUUGUUGUUGAUCAAAUUAGCCCAAAUUUCUAGGGAAUAUGCGGAUAUUGAUUUGGGGGUAAUAUCUGGCCCAGAGGGUACCCUGCAAACAGGCUUGCCUCUGAAUUCCAUGAGAAAAUAAUAAUGCAUAACUGGCACAGUUAGAACGUGAGAAAAUUAAAAUCUGUAACUGGCACAGUUAGAACAAGUAGGGAUUAUGUUACUCUGACUAUGGAAGUUUUCAUUGCGUUGUAACAUGGGAAGAUGAAGGAAAAAAAGAAAAAAAAUCUCCAAGCUACUUAAAUAUGUUAUU